AUCUAUAUCUUGGUUUUACCUACCGUCUUAGUCAGUUAGCUACAAACAACCGUGGUUCUAGCUAGCUUGUGACUCCGCACAUUUUUCGUUUUAUAAUCUCUUAAUAUCGCAUUAAAGAUCUUUUUGUUAAGACAGAGACGUUUCUUUAAUAAAUUAACAGGUUGGGCUCUUGGAGCAUUUAAAAAAAACUGCUCGUCAAGAAGAGCUGGUUGACUUUUGCGCGUUAGUUAGCCGCCAAGUUGUUUGGCAAAACUGUGAAGAACGACAUCAGCAUCGCUAUGAAUGUUGAUAGCGUUAACCAGUCUGUCACCACUGGAGCUUCGUCGACCUCCACGACGUCUUUAACACCAAGCAACUGUAUCGUAAACGAGAACGCGCCAAACAACGCCGGCAGCAUCCCUGCGGUUACCAGCAAUGCUUCGACCCCGACCACUAUUGUGACAUCAUCAUCAUCGGACUCGUCUGUUCCCAAUGGAGUUUAUGUUCCUGGAGGCAUCACUAACGGCGACCUAAAGCCCACAGUCUCCACAACCCCACUGGCUGACUUCGUCAUGCAGCUGGAAGAAUACACUCCCACGAUUCCUGAUGCAGUGACAGGCUACUACCUCAACCGGGCUGGCUUUGAAGCAUCUGAUCCAAGGAUAAUACGUCUGAUCUCCCUGGCCUCGCAGAAGUUCAUCUCAGACAUCGCUAACGACGCACUGCAGUACUGUAAAAUGAAGGGGACUGCAUCAGGAAGCUCAAGGAGUAAGACAAAGGAUAAGAAGUACACUCUGACAAUGGAGGACCUGGGCCCUGCUCUUUCUGAAUAUGGCAUCAAUGUCAAGAAGCCUUAUUACUUUACAUAAAAUCCAUCUUCCUUUUUAUUUAGCAAGUUUUACCUGGCUAACCCACUAGUUUAUCAACAUGCUUAUUGUCUAUCACAGUGCUUUUAGUGCAGCACCGAAUUGUUUUCGAAGUCAAUUUUUUGUGUGGUUUGAAUUUUGUUUGUUUGUAAAUGAAUGUUUUAUUGUUUAAAUAAAAGCCUAAAUGUA